AUUAGCUUCAAUUAGUUUUUUUAUAUUUCCAAUACCGUUUGUGCGCAAUUGGGAAAAUCAAAAACCAAUUUAAAACGACAAAAUUAAUUCAAAACUUAGCAUGCGUUCAGUUAUAAUCCAUCAACUGUCGCAUUUCGCGACAGUGCCGAAAUUGCGGAGAUAGUUUCCUUUUAGUCCCAUCGUCAUAGUUUGUGUGUUUACAUUUCGCUGCGUUGAAAAUUAUUAAUUAAAUUAAAACAAAAAACAGCCAGUGCAUGUGCGGGGUGUCCUUGAGGAUCGAACUUCACCGCCACAUCGUAUGGCCGCUGAGAGGAGGUCGGGCGCCGAGCUGCUGGGCCUGCAACCACCCCCGAGAGGAGCUGUUCCCGGCGCGCCCAGACAAUGUCCUGCGCCGCGGGGCAGGCGAACUGAGCUACAAUGAGUUCUACUGGCAGUACAUGCACCACAAUUGGCCCGUCAUCAUCACGGAUGUGUCCACCGACUGGCAGUGCCAGCAGUGGACCAGCAGCAACGUGGACGAGGGGGACGACAAUGCCAAUGCAAACACUGGCCUGGCGGGGGCUCACAUCAAUUUUGACUACCUCAGGAGACGCAUUGGCGACUGUCCAGUGCCGGUGGCCGACUGCAAUGCCACCUACUUCAACAGCCAUGCCAAAGCGGAGCUGAACUUUCACGAUUACCUGAGCCGCUGGCAGGCGCGCAUCGAGGGCGAGGCGGAAGUGAACAGCAAUGUGGCAAGGAUGAAGACAGAUGAUAAUCUCUACCUCAAGGACUGGCAUCUGGCCGCACAAAUGCCCAGCUAUGAUUUCUACCAGGUGCCUAAGUACUUUGCCUCCGACUGGCUGAACGAGCAGCUGAUGGCAGAAAAGCGAGACGAUUAUCGCUUCGUCUACAUGGGACCCAAGGAUUCGUGGACCUCCUAUCAUUCGGAUGUGUUUGGAUCGUUCAGCUGGUCCACCAACAUUGUGGGCCACAAGAAGUGGCUGAUUAUGCCGCCUGGCGAGGAGCUGAAGCUAAGCGACCGCCUUGGCAAUCUGCCCUUCAGCAUCAACGAGCAGCUGCUGGACGAGCAUAAGGUGCACUACUUCACGAUCAAUCAGACGGCCAAUGAGGCCGUGUUCGUGCCCAGCGGCUGGUACCAUCAGGUUUGGAACCUCAGCGACACCAUAUCGAUCAACCACAACUGGUUCAACGCCUGCAAUGUGCCGAUGGUCUGGCGCAAUCUGCUCAGCAACCUGAAGGCCGUGCGUAAGGAGAUCUCCGAUUGCCAGCAAAUGGAUAACUUUGAGGCCCACUGCCAGACCAUGCUGCGGGCCAGCUUCGGCAUCAACUACCUCGAUUUUAUAGAACUUCUAGAGUUCAUAUCCGCACGUCGAUUGGCUGCGCUCGCAGACGAUACUCGUAGUAGUUCAACGACCACCAAAUUUUUACUUUUUGAUACCUAUAAAAUGAGCGAUUACCAUGUGCAGCACGAUCUCGAGUGCCUGCGAGAGCUGCUGACUCUGAUGCUGGAUGACCCCAGUGUGCAGCAGAGUCCUGCUCAAUUGUCGGAACGCUGUCAGCGUUUGCUCAGCCAAUUGGCGGCACAGAAGAGUCGUAUAUAAAGCCCUUGGCAUGGCGUAUUUUUUUAUACCAAAGUUGCGUAUGCGUAUACAGAAUACAAAUAGUCGUAAUAUUUUAUUAUCCAUGUAUAUACAUAAGUGUAAUAUUUUAUUAAAAAU